UCUGACGUUCGUUUUAUCUGGUCUAGACAAUGCUUGCUGUGUCUCUAUUGCUUUGGUCGUCGAGCUUUUGGAAUUAUGCCAUCGCGCAAUCCUCUCCAGCUCAACAAGCUUAUACACCUACCAUAGGCAGCUGUCCGGAUGGCUUUGAGCUCGUCCGGUCUGCGGGCACGGAUAAUCAAGUUCUCGCCGCUAACGAGUCAGCAUACAUCUCCGCGAGAGACUCAAGUGUGCUGCCAAGUGCUUGGAACGCUUACUUGCAAAAUGUACAGUCUAAAGCGACUCUUCCGGCCUACGCUGAGAGUAUUCUCUCCGAUUCUAGUUCCUCAUUCCCGAGACUCGGUAUUGCUGUCAGCGGUGGAGGUUACCGCGCCGCCAUCUUCGGUGCGGGCGUCCUGAACGCGUUGGACGCACGGAAUCAGACAAGUACUACAGCGGGUACGGCGGGUCUCCUGCAGGCUGCUACAUACCUCGCAGGUCUGUCGGGAGGCUCUUGGCUCGUAUCCUCCGCAGUGCAAGCGAACUUCCCGGACAUGCAAACAGUCGCUUUCGGGCCCCAAGAUGGAUCCGCUACCUCCGACCCUUCCGGAUAUGGCGGCUGGAAUGCGCAGUUCGAUAUCCUCCAACCUGCUAGCGAUGACAACUCCAACCUUCAAUUCCUUGAAGGCAUCAUCAGUGAAAUCGCUGGGAAGCGUACGGUAGGCUUCCCUGUCACAAUUACAGACGUAUGGGCGCGUCUCCUUUCACGCCACUUUGCGAAUGGCACGCAUGCGGACACGUUUUUCGAUGAUAGUACAACUCACGGAGCUGGCAUUUUGUUUUCUGGACUUACAGAACUAUCGAGUUUCAAGAGUCAUAACAUACCUUUCCCGAUCAUCACCGCGACUUCUCACUCGUUGCGACAGAAUGAUAACAACGACAUCCCGGGCGACGUGAUUCCCUUGUCGAACACGAUGUUUGAGUUUAAUCCCUUUGAGAUGGGAUCGUUCGACCCGACGCUUGCUUCAUUUACGCCGACCAAAUUCCUCGGGACGAUGAACACGAGCGUAUGCGUUACAGGCUUUGACCAGGUGUCAUUCAUCUCUGGCACGUCUUCCGAGCUCUUUAACGAGUUCAACACAUCUGCUCAGGCACUAGCUCAAUCUCCUGUUGGACCUUUUUUUGCGCUACUUGAACAAGCUUUGCCGCAGCCAUCUUCAAUCGAGCUCGAUCUGUCCCUCUACCCAAAUGCCUUCCUCGGGGUCUCACCUGACACGUUCAUCGAUUCUGAUCAGGAGUUCCUUGGUCUAAUAGAUGGUGGGGAGGACGGCGAAGUCAUUCCACUACAACCAUUGCUUGUGAAAGCGCGCAAUGUAGACGUCAUCGUCGCCAUUGACGCUUCAGCAGACACUUCUGACGGUUUCGCAGCGGGAGCUUCACUUAUUGCGUCGAAGAACCGCACUUCGCUCUUCCCCUCUGCAUAUUCAUUCCCGCAAGUCCCAGAAACUACAAGUGAGUUCGUCGAGCAGGGACUCGCGAGUCGCCCUACGUUCUUCGGGUGCAACGAUUCAUCGCCGACACCGCUUGUCGUUUACCUUGCGAACGGUGCCCCUCCUGCAGGUCAACCUGCCAUUACCAACACCUCGACUCAGCAGACGCAAUACGAGCCUGCGGAGAUCCAGGCGAUGCUCGACCAGACGUUCACGAUCGCUACGCAAGGCUUUCCUGCCAACUCUUCACAGAUGGCUGACCCGGAAUGGCCUGCAUGUCUUGCUUGUGCCGUCGUAGAUCGCGUACGCGCGCGGCAGAGCGUGCAGAGGAGUGGAGUAUGCGAGACUUGUUUUGCACGGUAUUGCUGGUUCCAAUGAUAGGCCAUGGCAUGUCUAAUUGACGAGAAAUACGUGUUCAGCAUUAAAGUAUGUAAUAGUCUAAUUGAUUCUCG